GUAUGGCAUUAGCUGGGAUUUACUGAGUGUAUAAAGUCAGUGGUGAGCUCAGAGCUGCUCCUUUACAGAAUGGGCCAAGCUGCUACCCUGCCUUGUAGGAGAGGAGAGUCGUAUGUUACAGAGCUGUAUGAAUGGUUCAGAAAGUUUAUUACUGAAUGUCCAAGUGGGUUGAUCACUCUUCAUGAGUUUCAAAGGCAUUUCUGUGACGGAACUGUGGGCAGUGAGUCGGCUGAGUAUGCAGAACAGAUUUUCCGUACGUUGGACAAUAAUGGGGAUGGGGUGGUCGACUUCAGAGAAUAUGUCAUGGCCAUCAGCAUGCUUAUUGAAGGCUCGGCUGUUGAGAAGUUGUGCUGGUCAUUCAAGCUCUAUGACAAAGACAAAGAUGGAGCCAUUACAAAAGACGAGAUGCUGGAGAUCAUGCAGACUGUUUAUAAGAUGAGUGUAGCUGCUGCUUUAACCAAACCCAACCCACUCACGGCUGAAGAAUGUACCAACAGGAUAUUUGUGAGAUUAGAUAAAGACAAUAACGCCAUCAUCACUCUGGAGGAGUUCAUAGAGGGAGCACUGGAUGAUGACUGGAUCAGAGAGAUGCUGGAAUGUGACCCCAGCACGGUGAAGGUGGAGAGGCCCCUGAGGAGGGACAGCACUCUGGGGACCCAUGGGUGACCUGAAGUGGGGUAGUCCUGUAUUCACUGGGUGGAGAGAAAUGAGCCAGUCUGUGUUGGACUAGAAAAUAAAGAUAGUACUGCAUGUUUUCAAAAAAUGAAAUCCAUUAUUUUCUGGUGAAUUUUGUUUACAUUGUUUUAUGAAUGCUUUCUUUGCUGGGUCACUCCAAAGUUUUUGAUAAUUUCUGUUAUUCCCAUGAAAUAAAUGAUGGCAAUCAUGAGGCAAAGAGAUUUUACAUG